CAUUGAUGAAAAAUACCCUCAGAGAGAUUGUGAGUUUUCCCUUCUUCUUUGAGAAUAGAAAUUAAUUGUUAACUCGUUAAGGAUUUCCAAUCAAAAUAAGGAAGCGCUUCUAUUCCAGAGAUUUCGGUGGUGUCUACUUCACCUUCGUGAUUUCGUCAUUCCCUUUCGCGGUUUUCAGAUCGUCGUUUGUUUAUUUUUCUGAUGCGUCCUUUUCCUUUGAGUUUAUGCCUAGUUUCCAAUCUGUUGCUGGAAAUCCGUUUUAUUUAUUCACUUUGCGUAACUCCGUAGCCCUUGCUUCUCUCGAGCUCCUCGAGAGAGUUCGUUUUUGUAUCUGCGUCAACUAGAUUUCUGAAUCUUCUGCUUGCUUUCAUAUGUGGGAAAACUGAAAUAGUUUUCUUUCAUGCAUCAUGAUGUCCUCCGAGAAAUCUUGAUGGUGGAAGAUGGAAAUGUAGGUGGUUUACUUCAUUGGAUUGGAAGAAUGUAUGGUGGACUGAACGCAAACAAUGGAGGAGGAUUUCAAUCACGAGAAGGCAAUGACAACAGUUUUGAAAGAUCCGUCGACAUCGAUCGUUUCUGGACAAUUGGAGCCACAUUUCCCUGGGCAUCGACAUCUAUGCUGAAAUCAGAAGGCUGCUCGUUUUUGUCGUAUUGGAGCAGGUCUUUUUCCCGGAGAAGGUGUGCAUUCUCGUCCCAUAUUCAACCUUUCCUUGGUCCUGUUAUAAAUAUGGCAUCUUGCCACCCAAUUCCUUCUUGGAAACCCCAGUCCAACUAGCUUGCGUUUAAUUGAAGCAGCAUGGUUCCUUCAUCUGUCUCUAUGUAAGGAUCAUCUGGCUGCUGUGUUACCAUAUUGUUUCUGUUUCAAGAGAAGUCUGUCUUUGCUUUUCAUAGCCAUUCCUCAGCCUCUUUCCUGAGCUUGGGCUCUUUGCGAAGUCCUGCUUUAACUGGCUCCUCAGACUUGAUUCUCUGUCACCACCUCCAAUGAGAACUCGUACAGCAAAGCGUUCAGAGCCCUUUUGGCCAUCAAUUGUGAUGAAGAAGUGGUUUAAUGUUAAGCCUAAGGUGAAUGACUUCAGUGAGGACGAGAUCGAUACUGAGAGUGAAGAUGGUGAUGGAAGCGACCUGGAAAGGGAUCUAGUUGGGACAAUGAAGAGAAACCAAGCUGUACCAAGAAACCGAGAAUCAGGGCCACCAUCGAGAAACCAUCUAUGGAGGUUGAGGAGGAGAAAAUCAGAGACUCUCCGUGUUGAAUACAUAAGUAGUAAGGAAAUAAGAGUUGCUAUAGGGACAUGGAAUGUUGCAGGAAGGCUUCCACAUGAUUCCCUUGAUAUUGAUUGCUGGCUUGGUAUAGAAGAACCUGCAGAUAUGUAUGUCAUCGGGUUUCAGGAGGUGGUUGCUUUGAAUGCUGGGAAUGUAUUAGGUGCAGAGGAUAGUAGCCCAAUCCCCAAAUGGGAGGCCAUCAUCCGAAAAAGACUUAACCAGACACAACAAGAGCAAACAAAAUGUAAAAGCUAUAGCGCUCCUCCCUCACCAGUAUUGAGUGCGUCCUCUACUGCUGAUGUACUUGAUGAUGGUGGAACCCUUGACGUAGAUUGCGCAAGCAGUAAGUGUGAUGUGCACUCUAUUGAUCCCUUUGGACUACAAAAUGUUGGGGACUUGAGAAACAUGGCUAAGUUCCAGUUGAGAGGCGCUUAUGGCCCCGAUGGGGACAAUAAGUUUUGCUGGCCAGAGCGUCCAUUAGAUGCAGCAGUGCAAGGUCCCUCAACUCGGAAACUAAGAAGAGUUUUAAGCAGUACGGGGAGGUUGGGUUCCCACAAGGUUGAAAGGCAACUUGAUUUACCUUCUCGAGGUUCGGAAUACCACGGCAAGUUGAAAAGGGUGUUCCACAGCUCAGGAAACCUUGGAUUGAUCUGGCCUGUGGAGGAUGAGAACUCAGUUGCUCCGGCGAGCAAUCUAUCAAAAGUUUCUUCUGAUAUCUUAACUGAUAGUGAUGAUGACACUGAUCACUCCAACUUGGAGGAGAAUCCGUCUAGUGUGACAACUGAACAGGUUUGCAGAAAAAGUCGUGCCAGAUAUGUCCGGAUAGUCAGUAAGCAGAUGGUGGGGAUAUACAUCUCCAUUUGGGUCCGCCGGAGACUUAGAAGACACAUAAACAACCUGAAGGUUUCUCCGGUGGGAGUUGGCUUGAUGGGUUACAUGGGCAACAAGGGAUCUAUUUCGGUCAGCUUGUCUCUAUACCAUUCGAGACUGUGCUUUGUUUGUUCGCAUCUGACGUCCGGCCAAAAGGAUGGUGAUGAGGAGCGCCGCAAUUCUGAUGUGCAUGAGAUCCUGCGACGUACGCGCUUCUCAUGUGCAAUUGAUGACAAUCAGCCACAAACGAUCCCUUCUCACGAUCAAAUCUUUUGGUUUGGGGAUCUAAAUUAUCGCCUUAAUAUGGAUGAUAUGGAAGUAAGGAGCCUUGUUGCCAAGGGACGAUGGGAUGAGCUCAUCGAUCGUGACCAGCUAUGCAGAGAGUUUCGGAAAGGUCGUGUAUUUGGUGGAUGGAAAGAGGGCACGAUAGAUUUCGCUCCCACAUACAAAUACGAAUUCAACUCAGACAGAUAUGCUGGUGAGACUGCGAGGGAAGGGGAGAAGCGUCGAUCUCCAGCAUGGUGCGACCGCAUACUUUUUUUCGGGAAGGGAAUCAAACAACUUUCUUAUUCCAGAGCCGAGCUCAGGCUUUCCGACCAUCGUCCUGUUAGUUCCACCUUCCUGGUGGAGGUCGAAGUUUUUAACCGUCGGAGGCUUGAAAGGGUACUUAGUGUAACUAAUGCAGGCGUUUAUACUGAAGAUGGCUUCGCCGAAGAUAUUGACAAUGACCGGUAUCCAGUCUCAUUGGUGCAGGGCAGCUCCUUGUCUAAAAUGCACAAUGGAGUAAGCUAGUGAAUCUUCCGGAGAGCCUGUUAUUUGUUCGGUUUUUCCUUCGUUACAUCUAAGUUUAAAAAUCUGGAUUCAGAUAAUUAAUCCUUUUUUUCUCUACCUCUAUUUGUAAGAUCUAAUACUUCAAAUUUUGUGAACAUUGUAUAGAUAUGGUGCUUGCUGUUUUUCUAGCUCGAGUCACCAUAUCUCAUUGUUGAGGUGCGGACUAAUUUCUGCAAUACAUAAGAG